UGGGGAGAAUUUUCUUGUUUUUCUUCAAACAUUCGUGUUAAAAAUGUUCACAUCCAAUCGACUUUACAAUGAAAGUGAUUAUAUCUCUACUGGUGUCUGCCUCUAAAGGUUAUAUUUAAACUUGCAGUAGUUAAACAUUGAUAUCGACUUGGGCAAAGUUCACCUGCUCCGCUGCUCGUCUUGCAUCGUGGAUGUAAAGGAGGUCGCCUUGACGGAAACGUUUCUGUAAUGUACCAGUAAGCUUUUUAAAACCAAUAUAUAGUAUAUAUUUUUUCUUACAUCGUCCAGUGUAUUACAACCAAGGUAAUGGUCAAGCCAAGGUAGAUGCAACGCAACGGAAGUCCCGCCUUUGUGAAGCCCAUUGGCUCUUCUAUCCAAUCGUAAAGCCGGUAAGUGUCUCUCGAGCCAAUGGGAUGAAACCAGGAAGUAAUCGCACAACAGGGAGAGAAAACAUUCCUUUAUUAUUUCUAACAGCCGUGGCAACAUGUUAUUAACGAGUUUGCUUUAAAACAUCAGUGCUUGUAUAAUUACAAAAAUAUAGACGUUACUUACAUCUGGACGUUUAGAAGUUAAACAUCGCCGUCAACACGGGCAAAGUUCAGGCGCUAUGCUGCUAGCAUGAUGGAGGUAAAAGACGCGGAGAGGUGUUGCUGUGUUGUGACUUUAACGGAAGCUUUUUCCACCAAAGUACACGUAAGCUUUAGUGGUAUUCUCAUUCAACCCGGAGCGGUAAUAUGCACCGGCCUCCCGUUUUUUCGUUUCAUUUCCGACGAAAAGCCCUCACAUGUAAAACACCGGUGUCUGUUUCGUCACAACUUCCGGGAAACACUUCAAAUCAGCCUUACGUUUCCGUGGAGGCGUCGCUUGGAGGCUAAUCCAUGCAGACUGAACCAAGCGUGUCCACCUACCAGAGGUACAACACAGCAAUAUGAAGCUGAGUUGCAAAUGCUGGUCAACUGCUUGGAGUUCAAACAGGCUUUCCAGGCGGUUUUCCAGGAGGCUGACAGGUGGCGUUUCCAUAGCGACAAGGACAAUGAGCUGAUCCAAGACGCUGACUACCUCAGCUGGUUCGCCGUACUCAAGACUGGCAAGCACCUAAAUCCGGGUGCCACCUCCUGGGAGAAGAGCUCAUGCCUUCAGAAAGGCUCACCAGUCCUGGCAUGCGGGUCGCCGUUUGGUUCUCUGUGCGUGGACCUCUUCAUCAGCACCAUCAGCAGAGGCAUCAUCAGCAACCUCGCAGGAGAGGACAACGCCGUCAUCCUCACAGACGCCCGCUGCGUACCAGGCACAGAAGGCGGCGGCCUGUUUGCGCUGAAAGACUCGGGCCGCCUGCGCCUCAUCGGGAUGAUCGUGUCGCCGUUUGGCUGGAAGGCCAAUGAGUGGAUCGGCCUCACGCUCGUCUGCUCAGUCCAGCUGAUCUUCAGGAACAUGAUCCGAUGCGCUGACGCUCAAGAUCCGCUCCGAGAUGCAUGCCUUCAUCCCGCCGAGGUCCUCCCGACUCCGGAGUCCACCACUGCUCCGUACCCGCUCGUGUGCUUGGUGGACAGCGGGCAGCAGUGGGGCUCGGGGGUGCUUGUGACCUCUGACCUGGUUCUGACCUGCCGACACGUAGUCAACGGGAAGUCCGCCGUCGCAAUGAAGUUCCACCACAGGGACAGAGUCCUCCAUAGUGUAGCUGAUGUCAUCUUUUCCACAAAAGCAUCGUCAUCCUACGACGUCGCCGUGGUCCAGUUGAGAGAACCCAUCCCGGACGCCAUAGUCCCUCGAAUGGCUCAGAAGUUCCAACCAGGUGAAAGUCUGCUGGUGGUGGGUUACGGCGGCUUGGGUCGCAGGUGCGGCCCGUCCUGGACAUGCGGCAUCCUCUCCAAGGUCAUCAGCCUCCACCAUCAGCCCGUCAUGCUUCAGACCACGUGUGCAGUGCAAGCCGGGGCCAGCGGGGGCGCCGUGGUGCGGGCGUCCUCCGGCGAGUUGCUCGGCAUCGUAUCCAGCAACACGAGAGACACGGCCGCCGACGUCACCUACCCGCACCUCAACUUCUGCAUCCCGGUCACCGUCCUGCAGGGAAUGUUACGGCGGUUUCAUCAGCAGGGCGACGUGACGGCGUUUAAAGCGCUGGACACCACAGAGGAAGAAGUCAGAAGGGUGUGGAGGCUGCAACACGCGCAGAGUAAACUGUAGGCGGCGCUGCGUCGGACCGACGAAGGUAGGAUGCUCAAAAGGAAGAAGUUUGGACUUCUGGCUUAUAAAGUUGCCACAAGUUUGGGUUUUUUUUUCGCUGAGCUGUAAAAGCGUCAGCGAGUAAUUGGCUGACAGGUUGCCGCUAGUGAUUGGUCCCGUUGGGCGGCGGCGUUGAGAUCCGCGAGACAUCUGUUAGGUUGCGUCAUCCACAGCCAACGCGCUCGAUGUUUCAUCCAUCGUCGCACCUUCGGGGUUAACACUUUUAAAAUAACAACUGUGACCACCUGAGCAUGCAUACUGUACAGUACACCUGAACAUACUGUACAGUACACCUGGACAUACUGUACAGUACACCUGAACAUACUGUACAGUACACUGCAGGCCGACACCUUUGAUGCGAGCUGUAGCGUUCCUUAUAAUAAUAAUAAUAAUACAUUUUUAUUUGUAUAGUGCUUUUCAGAGUACUCAAAGACGCUUUACAGUAGAUAAAAUGAAAUAAAAAUACCAAGGUACCAUGUUUAUCACUUUUUAUUAAACACAACAACCCAUCCACAUGAUGACACGAUGCACACUUGCCACCUAAGAACAGGGUCUGGCUCGCCCACGGAGGCCUCGGUGGAGGGGCGUGUCCCGGUACACACGGUCGAGUAAUUAGUAUUUACAGGCUAGCGUGACGCGUGAGGAACUUUUCCAAGUCAAGAAUGAGACGGGCACGACUGCCACGCAUGAGCUGAAGCGCACGAGGCGAGGACGGCGGAGUCCAAAAGGGUGCGUUCCCGGGUCCUAGAACAGCAUCCUAAAACCUAAUCUAAGUCGGGAAAGGAGAGAUGGUUUGGAACUACUUGCUGCCGAAAGUCUCCAUGAAGCCAGCGAGAGAACAGCUCAAAGAGGUCAAAGGACGUACGAGAGAAUAGAAGAAAGAUCCACAAAUGAACGACAUGGGUGAUAUGUUCCCUUCCACUACAUCCCUGCUACCUUGGUCUCCUCUCCUCCUUGGACACGUCGCCUCCUUGAGACCUUCCUGGCAGGAUCUUCUUGGUUUGCGUGUUUGGAAGAUGGGGAUGCGGUCGGAGAGAGGCGUGGCUCCUCUUACCAGAUGUAACCCUCGUCAUCCACCUCGCCCUCCUCCUCCUCCGCCUCCUCCGCCGUCUCCUCGCCUCCUUUCUCCUCCUCGUCUUCCCAUCCCACCGCGCUGCCGGAGUCGCCGGAAUAGGCCGCUUCGUCGUCUGCCAACGGAGGGACGCGACAUUAGGUACGCCUGCUGAUCGGAUACGAUCCACGAACACGUGGUACAGUAUACUGUAUAUCCUUAUGGAUGCAGUACACACUGAUAGUACAGUAUACUGUAUAUCCUUAUGGAUGCAGUACACACUGAUAGUACACACUGAUAGUACAGUAUACUGUAUAUCCUUAUGGAUGCAGUACACACUGAUAGUACAGUAUACUGUAUAUCCUUAUGGAUGCAGUACACACUGAUAGUACAGUAUACUGUAUAUACUGAUGGAUGCAGUACACACUGAUAGUACAGUAUACUGUAUAUCUUUAUGGAUGCAGUACACACUGAUAGUACAGUAUACUGUAUGUUUUUAUAGAUGCAGUACAUACUGAUAGUACAGUGUACUGUAUAUCCGUAACGACUGCAUUACUACAGUACAUACUGAUGAUACAGUAUACUGUAUAUCCUUAUGACUGCAUUACUACUG